GCAGGGGGAGUAGUCACAGCUGGAAGGAUAAUAAGAUGCGCAUGAAUUUACAAUCUGGAAUAAAAGAUAAGAGAAAAUUAAUGCACGGAGCGGCUCGUCUCAGCGAGCAAAACUAAAGUUAGUAUGUGUGAGCUGCGGGCUGCGCCGGAGAGCUUUCUGUGGGACUUGUAACAAAGUGCAGAAGAAUAAAGUUCCGACUGCGCUUCCCUCACUUGAUGGAGUUGAAAAGUUUCUUCAGCCCUCUCACAAUGGAUCGAAAAGCGCCCUGCGCCGAGAGCGAAGGCUUCCUGUGGUCAGAGUGGAUUACUGACUUCACUAAGGAGAAGGAACAAAACUCCAGGAUAUGAAGUGUGCUGCUGUGAUUUCACUGCAGAGGCCUGCGUAUCGUUCAGACACUUCUCCUCCAUCACCUGUCAGUCUGGUGGCAGAGCUCGGGCCGUGGGAGCUCCAGCGGGUGGAUAAGCUGUUAGUUUGAAAAGGACGGUAUCACUUUGACAAUCGACUGACUGUUACUGAUGAAGACCGAAGAUUCCCCCUAUCAGGAAUUCAUCCACACAAACCCAGCUGUGCUUUUCUCCGCCAGCCCUCACUGAUUCCUCCACUGUUCAGACGUUUGCGUUGCAACUGGAAGAAACCCAAUGUCUGCCUCCUCUCCCCCAUCCUUACCUCGAGCCUUCCUCCACUCUGUCCAUGUGCACCACCCGUCCUUGCCAUCCACCCCGUCGUCCAGCCCGUCUGGACCCGUCUACACACGGCUGUCCAACGGCAGUCACAACGCCCCCAGCCCCACCAACUCCCGCAGCUCUUUCCAUGGGGUGUCCUUCCUGCUGCAGAUCGGACUGACCAGAGAGACGGUGAACCUGGAGGCCAGUGACCUGUCGCUGUCUGCUGUGAAGGACCUGGUGUGCUCCAUAGUGGAUCAGAAGUUCCCGGAGUGCGGCUUCUUUGGCAUGUACGACAAGAUCCUGCUAUUCCGCCACGACUUAAACGAUGAGAACAUCCUGCAGAGGCUGACUGCAGCUGAAGACAUCCACGAAGGAGACCUCAUUGAGGUGGUGCUUUCUGCUCAAGCCACAGUUGAAGAUUUCCAGAUCCGACCCCAUGCCCUUUACGUCCACUCCUACAAGGCCCCCACCUUCUGCGACUACUGUGGCGAGAUGCUAUGGGGUCUCGUUCGGCAGGGGCUUAAAUGCGAAGGAUGCGGACUAAACUACCACAAGCGCUGCGCAUUCAAGAUCCCAAAUAACUGUAGUGGUGUGAGGAAGAGGCGACUGUCCAAUGUUUCACUGCCUGGACCAUCGCUCUCGGUCCCCCGACCUUUACCUGCUGAGAAUGCAGUGGUCGUCCUGGAUGAGGUGAGCUCGGAUUGCUACUGCAGAUUCAACUGCCAUAAGCGCUGUGCUUCAAAGGUACCAAGAGACUGUUUAGGUGAGGUGGACUUCAAUGGAGAGCCAGCGAGCCCCGGGCCGGACUCAGACACUACCAUGGAUACAAUGGAGGUAGACAGCAAUUACAUGGAUUGUGGCAGAGGGAUGGAUGAUCCAGAUGAACCAUCCACUCCGGAUGAGAGGAUGUUUGAAAUGGACUCGCCGUUGCUGGACAGGGAGAAGGAUGAAGAGCCCAUCAAGACUAUUAGCCCCUCCACUAGCACCAACAUCCCUCUGAUGCGGGUGGUCCAGUCCAUCAAACACACCAAGAGGCGGAGCUCCACGGUGGUGAAGGAGGGCUGGAUGGUUCAUUACACGAGCAGGGACAACCUGCGGAAGAGGCAUUACUGGAGGCUGGACAGCAAAAGCCUGAGUCUCUUCCAGAACGACACCGGAGCCAAGUUCUACAAAGAAAUCCCUCUGUCUGAGAUCCUCCAGGUGGAGCUGUGCAGAGACUACAGCAAUCUGGCUCAGGGCAGCAACCCUCACUGCUUUGAGAUCAUCACAGCCACCAUGGUCUACUAUGUAGGGGAGAACAACGGCAGUCACUACCACAGCCCUGCUCUGGCCGCCUCUGGAGUCGGCACGGAGGUGGCUCAAGGCUGGGAGAAGGCCAUCAGACAGGCCCUGAUGCCCGUCACGCCUCAGCCCAGUGUAGCCAGUGCUGCCGGCCAAGGCAAAGAUCACAAAGAGCUGUCUAUUAGCAUAUCUGUGUCCAACUGCCAGGUCCAGGAGAACGUGGAUAUCGCCUCGGUGUACCAAAUAUUCUCCGAUGAAGUGCUGGGAUCGGGCCAGUUUGGCAUCGUGUAUGGAGGCAAACACAGAAAGAGCGGCAGAGAUGUGGCCAUCAAGGUUAUUGACAAGAUGAAAUUUCCUACCAAGCAGGAGAGUCAGCUGCGGAAUGAGGUCGCCAUAUUACAGAAUCUGCAUCACCCGGGUAUCGUUAACUUGGAGUGCAUGUUUGAGACGCCCGAGCGGGUGUUUGUCGUCAUGGAGAAGCUGCACGGCGACAUGCUGGAGAUGAUCCUGUCGAGCGAGAAGAGCAAACUGCCCGAACGGAUCACCAAGUUCCUCGUGACGCAGAUCCUUGUGGCCUUGAGACAUCUGCACUUCAAAAACAUUGUUCACUGUGACUUGAAGCCCGAGAACGUACUGCUGGCCUCUGCAGAGCCUUUCCCUCAGGUGAAGCUGUGCGAUUUCGGCUUCGCCCGUAUCAUCGGGGAGAAGUCCUUCCGGCGGUCGGUGGUAGGAACGCCGGCUUACCUCGCGCCAGAAGUGCUGCGCAGCAAAGGCUACAACCGCUCCUUAGACAUGUGGUCGGUGGGAGUGAUCGUGUACGUCAGCUUGAGCGGCACGUUCCCGUUCAACGAGGACGAGGACAUUAACGAUCAGAUCCAGAACGCGGCCUUCAUGUACCCUCCCACGCCCUGGAAGGACAUCUCUGCAGAGGCCACAGAUCUGAUCAACAAUCUCCUCCAAGUCAAAAUGAGAAAGAGGUACAGCGUGGACAAGUGUCUGAGCCAUCCCUGGUUACAGGACUACCAGACGUGGUUGGACCUGAGGGAGUUUGAGACGCGGCGAGGCGAGCGCUACAUCACCCACGAGAGCGACGACGCGCGCUGGGAGGAGUACGCGGACGAGCACAGUCUUGUUUACCCGAAACAUUUUAUCAUGGCUCCCAACCUGGACGACAUGGAGGAGGACCCCUAGUGGAGCGGGAGACUCGCUGCACCCACAUGUAUCUCACAGAGUUUUCACGAAGCUUUGAAAGUCGCAGGUUUUCCCUCCAGAACUCUCGAAACAGAGAUAAGCCGGUCGGGUGGAGAGGCUGGAAAAGUGGGAAAACCCAGCAGAGGUUGUAGUGCGAAGCACCGCUACACGCAGGCGGAGAUGCGUGUCACAGAAACGCAUUAAGACGCUGACACGGGAGGCGAGUGCUCCCGCUUCCUUUGUGUAUAAUAAUACGAAAACAUUCCAUGAAUUUGUUCGAUCUUGGUUCAUUUUUUAAGGACUAGCAGAACAAUGUUUAUGAACACAGUUCUGGAUGGAGGCCGUGCUCGUGAUGUAAGAGGAGUGGCGUGAAGCGCGCACGCCGGGAUUAAAGGGCACUUUUUGCAAGGGAUUUACAGCCUGAGAAUAAACACACGAGUUUGUUCUCAUUUCUAAACUGUUUGUGAGACUGUCCUGUGGCAUGAAACUGGAACUAUCACGCAGAUUUCUCUGGGUUUUUUAAUGUAUUUUAGUAAUCGUGGUAGGUUUUUGCACUAUAUUACCAAUUUCCAUAGCAACUGAAUAGAAAACACUAUUCACUGCUACAGAGCGCAAACUGUUUUUACAUUUCCCGCCAAUAUUCAAAGUAACGGUGUCACGCAGUAUUAGCUCCUUUGUCUCAGAUCCCAGCAGGUGUUUUUAACCUACGUGUGUUCAGAGUGUGAUCUGUUCACGGCAGCUAGUAGCGUGCGAGUUUUAUCGGCUCGCUCUCGGAGAGAGAAACCAACGAACCCUGACCAAAUAUGUCACAACGUUUCCUUUCAACUGUUUUCCUUGUUUGACUUUGUGAAUCUUUUGUGAAGGCCGUAACCCUGAAGUGUAGUCGAAUGCAAUACAACAAGGAGCGGA